CACGCAUGUUCGCAUCGGUAAGUUCGACCGGAAACGCUUGAACUCCGGCUAUGAGUAUCACUCAUGGACUCUGCAACACAUUCCGAGAUUGCGCCCUGUGCAGACACUGACCUAGCUCUUGACAAUCAUGACCAGACUGCACACAUUGCCAGGUCAAGAAAGAGGAAGAUUCCUCCGGUUGCCGAUUCUCUGACGAGUCGCGCCACAUAUCCACGAAAGCGAUCCGUCACCGCAUGCCGAUUGUGCCGUGCUCGCAAGACGAAAUGUAACAAUGACCGACCGGUUUGUUCAAAAUGUAACGAGCUUAAUGCGCAAUGCACCUAUGACGAAGACGAUCCCAGUACUGCUUCAGCUGUACCCGCCAGCCAGAUCCUCGACCGGUUGGAAUAUUUGAUCAAUCUAGUUGAAGUCGCAUCUCCAAGUAACAAUCGCAAGGAGAGUCUGAACAUCACCACCGCCGUUCACAGAUCCGAGUGCACUCCGGAAGACAAUGAUCUAGAGAUACGUCAGGUGUACUUCGCUUCCAGCCAAGACAUCCUCGACUGGCCUGUUUUCGAAGGCAAGUAUGAUCGCCGUUGGAUUGAAGCCUUGGUUUUUGAUCCUACGCUGCCUUGCGACGACCUCGAUCUGAACGAACCGUGCACCUCGCCAAGGGUAAUCGAUGACUCCAUACGAGAUAAAUUUGACGAUCCGCGCCAAUCAGCGGGACUAGGAGUCGGUGUACGUGAAGAUGAUGUCCCACACCUGGUCGAGACAUUCCUGGUGAACGUGCAUGUGAAAAAUCCAAUAUUCGACCCAGGCUACUUAAGAAAUAUGGCAAAAUGUGUGGCUGAGCAUGGGUUUGAUUGGAAGCCGUCGAGCUGCCUCGUGCUACUUGUGUGCGCUCUAGCAUCGAUCUCGUCUCGAUUCGCUCGUCGAUUAACAUGGACACCUGAUGACGUCCGAAAUGGCUCCGAGACCAGUCUUUCCUGUACGCCUGGGUACCAGACUGCUGAGUCGUAUUACACAGCAGCGUGUAAGCGGCUUGGCCUACUCAAAAAUACCCUGAUUGCAACCGAAUGCUAUUUUGUGGCUGGGGUGUACGAGAUGUAUUCACUGCGGCCGUUGCAAGCAGCAGUCUCUUUCAAUCGGGCGUGUGUGACCUUUCAAACGCUUACGUGGAUGCGUAGCGAGUAUUACGCGACUGGAGAUCAAUUAGGGAAAGCCAGAGCCAGUCGACUAUACUGGUCUUGCUUGAAGUCGGAGCACGAAACGUCUAUCGAGAUUCGAUUCCCAUCGUCUGGGUUAACAAAACUGAAUUAUACAAGCCACUUCCCUGCACCUCCUCUUGCAGCAACAUCAGAGGAUUUCUAUCGUGUGCAUAGCGACUUUGGCCUUGAACCCGAUUCUACAAGUCCAGCAAGAAUCCAUAGUGAGUUCGAAGAAGGUUGGUACUACUACUUGGCGGACAUAGCUGCUCGCCGAAUACUGCAAAGGGUGAUCAGCUCUUUCUACGACACUGGAGCAGCAUGGCUCGAUGAACCCUUUCAAAGUCUGCUUCAAACCGCGGAAGAGCUCGAUAGGCAAUUACUUGAAUGGCAUCGCACGCUUCCAGAAAUUGUUUCAUUUGACCAUGACAUACCUGCAGACUCUGAGCUUGCUUACCACCUGCAAGCCCGAGCUCUUGAAAUCAGAGAACGUAUAUAUCGUCCUUUCCUAUUUCGAUGCAUCCACAGGCCUUGUCAGUCUGCGGAGAAACAAGCAAUAAGCCCGCUUAUACAACUGCAUGCAUCUGUCUGCGUUAGGCUGAUAUAUCACUGGGACGUCCGUCAUCGUCAUCACGGCACAUGGCUCAUGGCCAGACAAAGCUUCACUUCAGCGCUGCUACUUCUGGCUGCACAACGAUCUGGGCUCCGCGAAGCUGACAAAGAAUCAUGUGAACGAAGCAUCCAGCACACUAUCUCAACACUGCGUUUCUGGGAGUCCGAAGCACCUGAUCUCCAGGCUUCUCGGCUCAUUCUGGAGGACGUCAGUAGCCAACUACGCAUGAUACAUAUUAACACCUGAUGUUGCGAUGAGAUUUACGAUCUGGGCAGUCAGUCAGCACUGAGAGGUCAUACGUCAUCGCUGCCGAGUACAAAGCAGAGCGAGACAUACUCGCGGCUGAUAAGGUGGCUACAGAGCCUUGAGAUACAGAACCUUGAAUUUGUACCAAGGGCGAGGAAUGUCUGCUUCUAUUCAUGGACCCCAGGCUACGAGAAGCAUCGGAGAACAUAGCAGCAAUACGAAGCUGCCUAAGUAGAAAAUUGCACGGGCU